AUGUGUUCCGACUGCGAGUGCAGGCCCCUUGGGUGGCUUCUGGGUCUCCCCUUCGCCUUCCUCUCCCUCCUCAUCUCCAUCAUCGGCGUGGUCGUGUGGAUCGUCGGGUCAGUCCCCCUUCUCUCUCCCCCCCUCUUUAUCCCUUCCUCCCCAUUCUCGCCGUGCGGAUGGGGAGAAGAAGAUUGGAGGAGAGAGAAAACCCCCCUCCAGAAGCUAUACGAUUGGCGGCUAAUUCUCUCUCUUCUUCUUCUUCUUCGUCUGCGGCGGCAGGUUGAUGCUGUCGUGCAUAUGCCCGUGCUGCUUCUGUGUGACGAUAGUGGUGGAGUUGGCGAUCGAGCUCAUCAAGGCGCCUAUCCACGUCAUGCAAUGGUUCACCUCCAAGAUACCUUGCUGA